AUGUCAGCAGCUGUAAUGAAAUCAUCGGACAAGCAAUUUGGCCAGUUUAAUGGAGAACAACAACAAGCACCAUUACACAAGAUCAGAAUUACUCUCUCCAGCAAGAAUUUGAAAUCAAUUGAGCGUGUAUGUGCUGAUUUAAUACAAAGUGCUAAACAGAAAGACUUGAAGGUAACUGGUCCAGUUAGAAUGCCAGUUAAGACUUUGAGGAUUACUACAAGAAAAUCACCAUGUGGUGAGGGAUCCAAAACCUGGGAUAGAUACGAGAUGCACAUCUACAAGAGAGUUAUUGAUUUGUAUUCAUCAAGUGAUGUUGUAAGGCAGAUCACUUCAAUUAACAUUGACGCAGGAGUUGAGGUUGAAGUAACUAUUUCUGACAUUUAA